GGAGGAGGCGGUGCCCAAGGAGGAAGGCGGGAUGACAUUAGAAAAAAAAAAAAAAAAAGAAAAAAACCAAAAACCACUCGUAGCAUGGGAAGCUUCCGCGGAGGGUCCGCUCCUCCCAGAGGGCGGUGCAGAUGCCCAGGCGAGCCUCGCUGAGGGUUGUGGGGCGGAUAGCUCGGAUUCCUAAGAAGACACAAGGAGUCGGGUGGGCGGGGGACUCCAGAUCCCAGCAUGCCCGGCGGCGGGCCCUACCGGCCGCGACUCCGGGCUUGGCCCCGGCCCUAGCUCGUCGGCGGUGUAGUGGGGUGCGUGGAGACUGUAGUCACGGUGGCGCCCGCCGGGACGGAGGAGGGAAUGAGUGAAGAGGAUCAGGGCUCCGGCACUACUACAGGCUGCGGGCUGCCCAGCAUAGAGCAAAUGCUGGCCGCCAACCCGGGCAAGACCCCGAUCAGCCUUCUUCAGGAGUAUGGGACCAGAAUAGGAAAGACGCCCGUGUACGACCUUCUCAAAGCCGAGGGCCAAGCCCAUCAACCUAAUUUCACCUUCCGGGUCACCGUUGGCGACACCAGCUGCACUGGUCAGGGCCCCAGCAAGAAGGCAGCCAAGCACAAGGCAGCUGAGGUGGCCCUCAAACACCUCAAAGGGGGGAGCAUGCUGGAACCAGCCCUGGAGGACAGCAGUUCUUUUUCUCUCCUAGACUCUUCACUGCCUGAGGACACUCCUGUCGUUGCUGCAGAAGCUGCUGCCUCUGUUCCAUCUGCUGUACUAACCAGGAGCCCUCCCAUGGAGAUGCAGCCUCCUGUCUCUCCUCAGCAGUCUGAGUGCAACCCUGUUGGUGCUCUGCAGGAGCUGGUGGUGCAAAAAGGCUGGCGUUUGCCAGAGUACAUGGUGACCCAGGAGUCUGGGCCUGCUCACCGCAAAGAGUUCACCAUGACCUGCCGGGUGGAGCGUUUCAUUGAGAUUGGCAGUGGCACAUCCAAAAAGCUGGCAAAGCGUAAUGCAGCAGCUAAGAUGCUCCUUCGAGUUCACACAGUUCCUCUGGACGCCCGGGAUGGCAACGAGGCAGAGCCUGAUGAUGAUCAUUUUUCCAUUGGCGUGAGCUCCCGCCUGGAUGGACUGAGGAACCGUGGGCCAGGCUGCACCUGGGAUUCCUUGCGGAAUUCUGUGGGAGAAAAGAUCCUGUCCCUUCGCAGUUGCUCCGUGGGCUCUCUAGGGGCUCUGGGAUCUGCCUGCUGCAGUGUCCUCAGUGAGCUCUCUGAGGAGCAGGCUUUCCAUGUCAGCUAUCUGGAUAUUGAGGAACUGAGCCUGAGCGGGCUCUGCCAGUGCCUAGUGGAACUGUCCACCCAGCCAGCCACUGUGUGUUAUGGCUCUGCAACUACCAGAGAGGCAGCCCGUGGCGAUGCUGCUCACCGCGCCCUACAGUACCUCAGGAUCAUGGCGGGUAGCAAGUAGCACCCCACUGCAGUGAUGGAUGUGCGUCUUUUACCUCUUGCUCCUUCUGCCCCUGGGUCCAUACAUCUACCUAGCUCUGGUGAUACCCUGCAGAGGUGCCAUCUCUACCUCUGACACAGCCCGCCUGCCUUGAGACUGAGGAAGGCACAGACAAGCAAGGAGCUAUGAACCACAGGGCCCCAGCCAGCACAGGAUUUGCCCUCAUUCCAUGGAUGAUGAAUGGAAAGGAAAUUGGAAUUCUGUUGGAGUCCAGAAUAAAUGCUGCUCUUUGGCUUCCUAAACCCUGCUUUCUCUGGCCCUGGGUCAUGAGGGUGUCAGAGGAAUAAACAUGGUGUGUUUGUUCUCCUUUUGA